AUGGAUGUGUCUAAUGCUUUCUUGCAUGGUGAUCUUGAUGAGGAGAUUUAUAUGAGUCUAUCUCAAGGCUAUACGCCUGCUCCUGGUGUUAUCUUACCUCCUAAUCCUUGGUAUAAGAGAUUCUCUUCGGUCUUGCUUGCUGAUAACUUUGUUCAAUCACCUGCGGAUAACACUCUUUUUGUGAAGACUACGGCUAGUACUUUUAAUGCGGUGUUAGUAUAUGUGGAUGAUAUACUCAUAGUUGGGAAUGAUGAUGCUGCUGUAGAGGAACUCAAGACUUUGCUUCGUUCAGAGUUUAAGAUCAAAGAUCUUGGUCCAGCUCGCUUCGUUCUUGGGUUGGAAAUUGCUCGUUACUCAGCCGGCAUUUCAGUUUGUCAACGGAAGUAUACACUUAAUCUGCUUGAAGAUUAUGGUUUGCUCGGAUGCAAACCAAGUUCUGUUCCAAUGGAUCCAAAUCUUCACUUGCCAAAGACUCUUGGCAAGCCACUUCCUACCACUACUCAGUAUAGAGAGCUUAUUGGUCGUUUGUUAUACAUGUGUAUCACUCGACCCGAUAUUACUUUUGCUGUUCAUCAGCUAAGUCAAUUUCUCUCUGCUUCUACGGAUGUUCACUAUCAGACAGCUCUCAAGGUUCUUCGUUAUCUUAAGAACAAUCAUGGUCAGGGUUUGAUGUAUGCUUCUGACAUUGAUCUUUGCUUGAAUGCGUUUGCUGACGCUGAUUGGGCGGCUUGCAAGGAUACACGACGUUCUGUUACAUGA